GCAUUUGUUUGAGGUUUAUGUUCAAGUAAACAAGGAGGCAGAGCACAAUGAGGAUAUGAAGCAGGCUGCCAGAGACUUCUUUAGACAGCUGGAACAGCAUGACAACGAGGCUGUGUCGUUAUGGCAACAGUUCAGGGAGAUCACCGUGGACGAGUAUCAACAGGUGUACAAGCGGUUAGGGGUCCACUUUGAUGUUUACUCCAGGGAGUCCUUUCACCAGCAUCAAGCCCAGGAGGUGGUGCAGCAGCUUCAGAGUCGAGACCUGUUGAAAACCUCUUAGUAUGGGAUGGCUUUAAGUCAG